CCAUAGUCUUGGAUACCUUUCUAUCUAUCUCUUGUAAUCUUAAUAUCUCCAAUUUCUUUAAACCUUUUGACAUACAAAAAAAAAAAUGUCACUUCCUGAGACACAACAUGACACAAAAACUCUCCCAGAUGCCUGGGAUUACAAAGGUCGACCAGCUCUUCGUUCCUCCUCCGGCGGUUGGUCUAGCGCCGCCAUGAUAUUAGGGAUUGAGGCAGUGGAGAGGCUAACAACACUAGGUAUAGCGGUAAACCUUGUGACAUAUUUGACUGGAACAAUGCAUUUAGGAAAUGCGAACUCAGCCAACAACGUUACAAAUUUUCUUGGGACUUCAUUUAUGUUAACUUUACUUGGUGGAUUUGUAGCCGACACUUUUCUUGGACGGUACCUUACAAUUGGUAUCUUUACUACUAUUCAAGCUAUGGGUGUUACUAUCUUAACCAUCUCGACUAUAAUCCCAAGCCUCCGACCACCAAAGUGUGAGCAGGGUAGUUCAGCAUGCAUCCCCGCAAGUGGCAAGCAACUCAUGGUCCUAUACAUCGCCCUAUACAUGACCGCACUCGGGACCGGGGGGUUAAAAUCCAGCGUGUCCGGGUUCGGGUCGGAUCAAUUUGAUGAAACGGACAAAAAAGAAAGAGGGCAAAUGAUAAAAUUCUUCAAUUGGUUCUUUUUCUUUAUCAACGUGGGAUCACUAGGUGCAGUGACAAUAUUAGUGUAUAUUCAAGAUAAUUUGGGAAGAGAAUGGGGUUAUGGAAUUUGUGCAUGUGCUAUCGUUAUCGGUUUGGUGAUUUUUCUAUCGGGAACUAGAAAAUAUCGGUUUAAGAAACUUGUGGGGAGUCCAUUGACACAAAUUGCUUCGGUUUUUGUGGCUGCUUUGAGGAAAAAACAUUUGGAAUUGCCUUCUGAUCCUUCACUUCUUUUCAAUAUUGAUGAUAUUCCUGGUGAUGGAAAUAAAAAAGCUAAACAAAGGUUGCCACACAGCAAAGAGUACCGUUUCUUGGACAAGGCUGCUAUUAAGGUAAAUGACCUUGAAUCUGCUGGAUUUACCGUGGUAAAUAAAUGGAAUUUAUCUACUUUAACUGAUGUUGAAGAGGUAAAAUUAGUAGUUCGAAUGUUACCAACAUGGGCUACGACAAUUAUGUUUUGGACUGUCUAUGCCCAAAUGACAACAUUUUCCGUGUCACAAGCUACAACAAUGGAUCGUCACAUCGGAAAAUUUGAAAUCCCUCCGGCGUCGUUAACGCUCUUUUUCGUUGGAAGCAUCCUCGUAACAUGUGUAUUCUACGACCGUGUAGUUGUACCAAUUGCUAAACGUGUCCUCAACAACCCUCAAGGGCUAAGCCCACUGCAACGUAUUGCAGUAGGCUUAGUCCUAUCGAUUAUAGCCAUGAUUGCGGCCGCUCUAACCGAGGUGAAAAGAUUGAACGUGGCACAUUUGCAUGGAUUGACUAAUGAUGCAAAUGCUAUGAUACCUUUGAGUGUUUUUUGGUUAGUGCCACAAUUUUUGCUAGUAGGGGCAGGUGAAGCAUUUACAUAUAUUGGACAACUUGAUUUCUUCUUAAGGGAAUGUCCAAAAGGGAUGAAAACAAUGAGUACAGGGUUGUUUUUGAGUACACUUUCACUUGGAUUUUUCUUUAGUUCAAUUUUGGUGACUAUUGUGCACAAAGUAACGGGGAAAAAACCAUGGUUAGCUGAUAAUUUGAACCAAGGAAAGUUAUAUGAUUUCUAUUGGCUAUUAGCAAUAUUGAGUGUGUUGAAUUUGAUGGUUUUCUUGUUUUUCUCGAGACGAUAUGUGUACAAGGAGAAGAGGCUAGCUGAGGUUGGGAUUGAAAUGGAGGACUCAGAACCAGCUUGUCACUAAGAUCUUCAUAAAAGUAAAUUAGUUUUUUUUUUUUUUUAUAACUUUUAACUUUAAUGGAAGGGUUACGUGUGUAUGGUAACCUAGUUAUAAUAUAUGUACAAAGAAUGGAAAAGAGAAAAGUUAAUGAAAAGUUGUAGCUCAUUCCAAUCUU